CGAGGUGCGGGCGGUAUUGGAGUGAUUACGCAUUUGUCCGGGGUUGUUUGAGAGAUAUUUUGGGGCUAGGAGUUGUUUGGCAGGAGGAGUAUGGGAUAGGGCGCUGAGUGAGAGUACUGGGGAAGAGAGGGGAAUUAAGCGUAGGAACCUAGGGGCUCGAAGUGUUGGAAGGAUCCUUUGGGCGUGGAAGAGGAGGGGUGGAAGGUGGGACCUAUAGCACCAAGGGAGAGAAGAAAGGCCAUUAAUGAUUGAGACAGGAGAGACGAAGGAAUGGUAGAGUGGAAGGGCCCCAAGAACAUCUAGUUCAACCAUUGCCUUAACGAAAAUCCAUGCAUGAACUCCCCAAGUGGUGUUCAUCCAAUACUGCCUUUGAAGACUUUUAUCGAGUGGAACCCCUACGCUAUAAAAUCAGUACAUUGCCACAUCCUUUCCUAUUCCCUGAGACAGCCCAGCCCAUUUUUGGAUAAUUCUAAUUUUUAGGAAGUUUAUCUUUAAAACUUUGCCCUUAUGACUUUCAUCACUGCUCCUAGUUUUGUUCUUUGAUGCCAAACAAAACAAGUCUAAUCCUAUUCUAAUCUAUGACAAAACUUCAAAAUUUGGAAGACAGUUAUCAUGUCUUUUCUUCUCCAGGCUAAACGUCCCUCUCUUCAUUCAGCUUAUCCUUAUGGAACAGUCUCAAAGCCUUUUACUAUACUUUACCAUCAGGUUCAUAAGAAGGCGGCUGGUAAAGGUCGAGGAGAAGAUCAGAGAGGAGGAAGGAGUCUGGUAAAAGGAUGAGAAAGCAAGGAGCUAGAGGAAAGGGGUAGGAAGAGAAAGAAGGUGAGAGCUUCUUCUCUUACUCUCUACCUCCAUUCCCUCCAGACAAGGAGGAACGAAUGAAGAGGGGUUUGGAAAAGAUAAGAGAUGGUUGGUAAUAACGUUAAAGAAAUUAUGUUAGCGAAAUAGGGAUGGAAUGCUUUAUUUGAAUAGGAAAGACAUAGGGAGAAGGAGGUGCAAUAUCUUCUGGUGUUGGAGAACUGGAGUAAAAGAACCACCUGGGCUAAUCUUGGGAAAGAGAAAAUUGGUUAAAAUCAGGAGCUCAGAAAAAAAGGGUAUGCAGAUGAGGAGGAGAUAGGACCCUUCAGAAAUGAGGAAGACCCUUCAAGGUUAGCAUUUUUGAGAAGAGAUAGGAAGGCUUCCAUUUGGUGGAUUUUUUUGGUUAGAGGAGAUUAGAGAGGAGGGGGAGUGGAAUAGAAAAUGGGAAUGGUAUGGAUUGAUGACCAUACAAAUGAAAGGAAGAAAUUAAAAGAGCAUUGGGUGAGAGUUGAGGGAGGAGAUUGGGACUCGAAAUGGCAUUUGGGGAGAAGACAUUGUUGGGGGCUCUGAAUAUCUGAUUUUAAUAUGUUUUUUAAUCUUUGCACUCUCCUCUCAGAAAUCUCCAGAGACCAAACCAGGGGUUUCUAUCUUUAUUUAGAUUUGACUUUAACACUCCAAACGCCACCUCAUCCUGGGGGCACCUUGCCUCUUUCCUACCUGAAUGGUGCUACUACUUGCUGGUCCAGGAUCCAGGCCUCUUUUAUUCCCUACCUCAGUGCUGGUGUUCCAAGUCUUUUCUAGUGGAAGGACCCUUACGAGGAAACAAGGACUUUCCUCUAGACAUUAUUUUGCUAAACUAAGAAACUUGUUUAUCAGUUUGAAUUUGUUUUAUCCUUUUUGAGGACUCAAGAGCCCUUGUACCUCCUUUCUUCAUCCUUUAAGGAGAAACUUCUCCUUAAUAGCUCUAGCUUGGGUCUCUGGUCCCAAUAUGCUAGUCUGUUUUUGUGAAUAGGACCUUGCCUAUUUCCUGGUUGGCAUGGCUGAGCCAAGACAGGUUCCAGGUGGCCGGGAGACUCCUCAGGGGGAGCUUCAGUCAGAGGUUGUUGACGAUGAGGCCCCUAGGAGUCCAAGUACAGAGGAAAUAAGAGGAGGAAGAAGCAGCAGUAGCAGUGAGACAAAGUUAUCUCCUAGAGAGGAGGAGGAACUGGAUCCUAGAAUACAGGAGGAGCUAGAACACCUGAAUCAGGCCAGUGAAGAAAUAAACCAAGUAGAACUACAACUAGAUGAGGCCCGGACCACAUAUCGGAGGAUCUUGCAGGAGUCAGCUAGAAAGCUCAAUACACAGGGCUCUCAUUUGGGAAGCUGCAUUGAUAAGGCCCGGCCAUAUUAUGAGGCACGGAGGCUGGCCAAGGAGGCACAGCAGGAAACACAGAAGGCUGCUCUGCGCUAUGAACGGGCUGUGAGCAUGCACAAUGCUGCUCGAGAGAUGGUGUUUGUGGCAGAACAAGGUGUCAUGGCUGACAAGAACCGGCUUGAUCCCACUUGGCAGGAGAUGCUUAACCAUGCCACUUGCAAGGUGAACGAGGCAGAGGAAGAACGUCUUCGGGGAGAGCGGGAACACCAACGAGUGACCAGGUUGUGCCAACAGGCGGAGGCUCGGGUACAGGCCUUGCAAAAAACUCUUAGGCGAGUCAUUGGCAAGAGCCGUCCAUAUUUUGAGCUUAAGGCCCAGUUUAACCAGAUAUUAGAGGAACACAAGGCCAAGGUGACUGGGCUGGAACAGCAAGUGUCUCAGGCAAAGACCCGCUACUCAGUUGCUCUGAGAAAUCUGGAGCAGAUCAGCGAGCAGAUCCAUGCCCGUCGCAGGGGUUUGCCCCAAGACCCAGUCCGCAGGCGUUCUUCCCCUGUAGGGGCUGAGGCUGGACCUGAGAGUGGGGAUAGUGGAGACGUCAGGGUUGAGGGAGCAGAGGGUGGGUAUCUGGAUGAGAGGGGGACUCUGGAGCCUGGCCCUGCCCCUGAUACCUUGAGUCUCCUAAGCCUUCGCACAGUUGCUUCCGACCUCCAGAAAUGUGAUUCAGUGGAGCACUUGCGGGGCCUCUCAGACCAUGCCAGCUUGGAUGGUCAGGAGCUAAGUUCUGAGGGGGGUGGAGAUCAAGGGAGUGGGAGUCGAGGUCGUCACCAACGAAGCAUUAGCUUAUAGCCCUCGCUUUCCCAAAGAUCUGGAAGCGUCUCCCCUUUUUGUCCCUGUUAUCACUCAGGAGUUCUUGCAGACUUUUUUGGUCCUUUUUCCUUUGAGUGCUUCUUCUCCUUUAUUUUGAAAAGCCCCUUAUAUCUAUUUCCUCUGUCUCUGUGAUAGUCUUUUUUUUUUUUUUUUUUCACUGUCUCAUGCACCUGUCUCUUUUUCACUGAUGGUUUUACUUCUUUCUUAUUCUGAGAGGCUGCUCUCAUCACUCUUUCUUAACUUCUAUAUAUCAUUUUCUGUCUUCUUCCCUCUUCAUGUUUUUUUCAUCUUUUCAUCUUUUAUCAUUUUUGUCUGUCUUUCGCUCUAUCCAGAGAGACAGGAAGUUGACCAGAGGAAUACUAUUCAUAGAAGCUCGAGUUGUUCUCAUUUUCUUUACUUCCUUAGCCUGGUUCUAACACCUUCUAUAGGUAUCAUUCCUCUCUUUGAGGUUCUCUUAAUAAGACCUCUAGUGCUGCUGGACCCUACUGGGAAUUCAUAUAUUUUUUGCUCUGCCCCAAACUGUCUCAGUUGCAACCUUACAUUAUAAGUUCAUUUACUCAAGAUGCCUUUUCCCUAAUUUUUAAUGGCUAUUAUAUAACUCAAAAAAAGUCAGAUCUUGUAGGAUAAUGGGGUAUAAAUCUGAGAUUUAUUUCUAACUCUUAUCCUCCCUCCCUAAUCCAUAUUAGCAGUGAGUGACUAGGUUUCCAGGCCACUAAUGGUCCAUGUAAACAAUGUUCCUGUUCCUAUAGAGAGCCUUUGACGACUUCUAAUUCUUUUUAAGAUUUAAAAGGUCUGAUGGAGUCUCUAAUUUGAGAGAUCAUUUUGGGAGGGAGGGAGGUGAGUUGUCCAAGCAUUAAAAUGGCUUCCCUCCAUAGUCUCGCUGGUAGUGAUUCACCAUACUUUACCUGACAAGUGGAUGGUGACUCAUCCUCUUCCCCAGCUGCCCAGUACAGCCAAAGUUAGAAUUAGGAACUACUGUUCUUCAUUUUACCAUCUUUCCUAAAUUAUGGGUAAGAAAACAGGUACUGAUGGGGCUGGAUCUAAGUCCCCUUCUCCCUUCCUCUCCUAUAUAAAUUUUUAUAUCCUCUAGGAGUUUCUUGACUUGGCUGCUAUACUAUUUCCUUCUCUUUUCCAUCUCCUCCCUCUCAUCUCCCAGCUAUGGAAGAUAAGAGAUCAAGAUGUGGCAAUGAAAGCCCCUUAAUCUCCUUGGAUAUCGCAGGCUAGAGAGGUCUGCACACCUAUACUACACAAUGAUUCUUACACAUCCCCAGGCUGUGGGUUGGGGGGGAAAUUAUUUCCUUCUUCCUCCUACCUAGUAGACUUGGAAAAUCAUUCUUGUUUGACUAGGGGCAUAGAGGAAUCCAUUUGCCUUUGCCCUCAUCUAUCUUUACCUCACUUCAUCAGGUAUUCUUCUACCCUUACCCACCCCUACUAAGCUCAUUUCCUUGGGAGAACAAAGAUUUACACUUUAAAUCCCUGUUCUAUGUGUCACUCCCCCAAGGCAGGCUUAAAUGGUCAUAAUGAAGACUAUUGUGUUUGAGGUGACUAUUGGGUGGAGGUGGAACAAAGGUGGGGGAGUGUGUUUGAAAAUGGAGGGACCGACUGAUAGGAUUUUAUUUAAAUAAAAAAUACCACUGGAA